CUAUCAAUGGCGGACGAAUGGUAGUGAUAGGAAGUUAUGUUUUAUUAGAAUUUUUCAUGAACUCAUAGUUUCUUUUAUCUUGAGUUUAUGUCGUGUUACACUAUCUUCAAAUCAGGUUCAAGUGAUAACUAAGUUAUGACAUAUUAAUACUUCAUGCCAUACUAUGUACAUACCAACAAACUCGCCCAUUUCCUUUGUGAUUUAAAGACCUCUUUUUGCAGUGCUGGUGUAUUUACGUCUACAAACAUUAUGUUGAUGUAUCUUAAUUGAACUGUCGCAAAGAAGAAACAAUAGUUUUAGUGGAUACUAAGUGAUAUUUAGUAGGUAAUUGUCUCAGUAACCUCAACAAGGCGGAAGUUACAGACCGCGGCCGAAGACCCCGGUUUUAAGUUACCUACAUUUACUGAAUCUUCAGUCUAAAAGUCAGAAACUGAUUGGUUUUAUUUAGCUAGGGUUUAUAAUGAGAUAAUGGUUGAAACUGGGGUCCCGCAACCGGCUGCCGAUGAAAGUCUCGAAAACGCCGAAUGGUACUGGGGCGACAUCACUCGAGACGAGGCUAAUGAAAAAUUACGCGAUACUUGUGAUGGUACAUUUCUAGUCCGCAAUGCAUCAAACAAAGAUAGUGGCUACACAUUAACCGUAAGAAAAGGAGGCACAAAUAAAUUGAUAAAAAUAUACAACCAAGAUGCACGCUACGGAUUUUGUGAGCCUUAUGAAUUUAACUCUGUGGUGGAAUUGGUCAGGUUCUACAAAGAGUACUCAUUGGCACAUUGUAACAGCAGUCUGGAUAUCAAACUUAUGUACCCACUGUCGCGCCAUCAAGAAAGUGACAUAGGAGAGAACAUUAAUGAUGAAACUCUUGAAACACUUUACAAGGAAGUUCACAAGAAAUUUGUACUGAAAACUAGAGAUUACGAUGAACGGUCUGAUAGGUACAUGAGGUUGAGAGAGGAAGUUAAAUUUAAAAGGCAAGCACUCGAUGCUUUCAAAGAAACAGUCAAAGUUUGUGAAGACCAUCUUAAGCUACAAGAAAAAUUGCAAUCUGAAACACAACCUCACGAAAAGAAUGAUAUAAUGGCAAACCAUAGGGAACUAAUUUUGAGAGUGAACAGUCUAAAACAAGCUAGAACACAAUUACACAGCAUACUGCGGGAGACAGUUGAUUCAAAUUUGUUACUUGAAAGAGAAAUAACGAAGCUCAAAUCAGAAAUUAUAAAUCUGUACAAAAAGAAAGAUUGUUAUAAAGUGUUGUUACAAAAACGCGGUAAAACAGAAGAAUACUUACAAGCUCUAGAAGAUGACAACAUUCACAAACUUGAAGAAUUAUAUGCGCAUCGCGAACCAAUCAGCUGGAAAGUAGAAAACGGAACCCGUGAGAUGGCUGAGAAGUUGCUUGAAGGGAAGCCUCAAGGCACUUUCUUAAUUCGACCCAACUCAACUGGGCAACUUGCCCUGUCUAUCUGUUGCAACAACAUGGUUUACCACUGUAUCAUCUUUAAGACUGAACGAGGUUAUGGGUUUGCUGAACCCUACAAUGUUUACAAAACUUUGAACGAGCUUGUGUUACAUUACGCCGUAAAUUCUUUAGAAGAACACAACGAACAGUUGAGGACUGCAUUAAAAUAUCCUGUCAAUGCACAUUUGGUGAAGAAACCUGAAAAGAAGCAGCACGACUCUCACCAGCUUGAAGUUCAGCCAUGCAAGCACCGCUAGUAACUGCAACAACAAUGUGAGUCACUUGGGUUACAGUCUUUUCUAGUCUUCUAUUUGGCCAGUAGAGGGACUAGUAUUUUCUAAUUGCCAUUAAUAAAAACACAGUAUAUAUAAUGUACUUGCCACAAGGCAUUAAAAAGCAACUGUGUUAUAUUCUUAUUCAGAUACAGAGUUCAAAACUGUACAACUAAGUCAAUAGAGCUUGUUGUUGAUCUUAUGAUAUACCUUGGAUGCAUAGUAUGUUUCUGAUUUUCUUAAAUGUAAAGAAUUGUGGGUUUAUUUAAAUGAUGAUUGAUAGACAUUAAUGGAUUGGAUGAAUGAACAAUAAAGGCUUACUGUGUAAGUGUUUAUUGAAUCUGUUAAUAUGAUUGUUCUUAGGCAUGGAUCGUUAACAAUGCAAUCUGAUCAAAUGGUACUGUCCUUCUUGACAACGAAAAUAUAACAUGGAUGUGCGUCCAUUUUUCUAUGCAUUGCAAGUAACUAUGUACAGUCAGCAUUAAAAUUCUUCACAGUUAAAUUAAUGAAAUUGACAUGUCAUGAUUUAUUUAUUAUGCUAAAUGUAUAGAUAUUAUGAGCACUCUGAACAUAUACAUGACGUUGACCGCUACGAUAUUUUUGAUUAGUUUAAAUGUUAAGGUAAUUCUGAUGCUGACUGUGUAACUUAUGUAAGUUGAAUGUAAUAUUUAUGUGAUUGAAUUUAUAGGCAACAGGACUAAAAACAAUUUUUAAAAUGUCGCAGUGAACAUAGAUGUAAGUAGAAGUAUGCAUGCUGUUUGUACAGUUCAGUAGCUUUAAAAAGUGUCUUCUGAUUUGAUGAUGAUAAUGCUGAAGUACAAAAUGUGUUGAAAUAGCCAUUCUAGUUUUCAGCUUGUACCUUAUUAAUGUGAUAUUCAGGACAGGUACAACCUAAGAAAGUCCAUGUUGUCGUGCUUACCCCAUGGAAAUAUGUGAUAGUUUUUUUGAAAUGAAUGUUGUAAUUCUGAACAGAAACCAGUGCGUGCAGAUCAAUUAACAGAGACCUAUUGAUCUGUAUUAAGUAGUAUGUAAUUUUAAACUCAUUAAAACAAAAUUUCUAAAACAAUUUACUGUGCUAACUAAAUAUGCAUUUACAAUAUAUCCUCUCCACACAUUUAGUAAUUGUAUCAAAAAUACACAGAUUAAAUACCAAAACUCAACUGUAACAAAAAAUUGUAGUGUUCUUUUUACAUAUACAUAUUAUUUUUGUAAACUAAACAAAAAGUAAAUAUUUAUCAGCAAUCAAAUAUGAGUAGCAACUCAAAAAUUUGAUAAUUACAUUGGUUUUAUAUCAUAGGUUUUGUGGUUGUUUGUGUUAUUUCUUGUGUACAUAAAAUGUACGAAAGGGUAAUAAAAAUAUCUUCCCUAAAUUUUGGAAAUGAGGCCUUUAUGGAUUUAUACUUAAGUGAUGAUUGUUUUUAUUGGUCAGCAUAGACUGGUGAAGGACUUCCAUUCCAUGUAAUAUAUUGAGCGGGCAAUGAACAUUAAGUUGAGUUUUCAGUAAGGUCACUAAAUGCCGUCAUUAACAACAGUAUUUGAUGCCUGGUUCUUUAUUAUAUUAAUAGGUCUCUAUAUUAACAGUUGUAUGCGCUGUAAUUACCUUCUUCUUACAGUAUACAAAUUAAAUGUGAAUGCAGACUUGCGUUAAGUUGGCAUAAGACUUAUUGUGUGAUAGUACUUUAUUCUAUUUCAUCAAGAAAUGUUGUUCAUUUGUAUUGUUCAAUUUAAUUCUAAAUUUGUUGUUAUUGACUUUUUUUAAUUGAGAGUUUUUAAUACAUAAUAUGUUCCACUGCUAUCCACUGUGUUGGCAUAACUUGCCGCUUUUUUAACGAGUCAGCUUUUUGACCUGUUAAAUAAACUAGCUUUUCGUAUUUACAAUACAAAGUCACUGUCCUAUUUUCAACUGAUAAAACAUUUAUCACUUUUUGUACAGAAAAAUAUGUUGUGUAAUUCGGGUAGUUUCCGUAUUUAGUCAAAUAGAAAAUGUUCUUCAUAAUGCAGUAAAAAUAUGGUUUUGGCUAUUUUAUAAUCAUAAUUACAAGUAACCUGAAUACGACUUUUGUACAUUUAUGUGAAUUUAUUGAACUUUGCAAUAACAUGUUUGUAAUGAAGUAUUCUAGAAAUGUGUCGUCACUUUCCAAUAUAAAUCAUUAUUAAUUCGGAACUGAAAAAGUUUUGCUUAUAUACUUAGGAUUGCCGUUAUAUCAUGGUGUGCGUCAGACACAUCCAAUACGUAUUUUUGUAACAAUUCUUUGAGUGAGCACAUAUUUUUGCACUUGACUGUUAUGGACUUUUUUAAGGCUCCUCAAUUUAUUAAUAAGUUGCUGUAUCUGAGCGUUGUCUUGUGAAGAGAUGGUUUAUAUUAAGAUUGUAAAGAUAGGAUAGGUAGGACUAACAAAUUUGAAAAUGGAUUGAAAUUACAUAGUGCCUCCUGCAAAAUGAUUAAAGAUAAAUAUUAUACACUCCCGGACACAUAAUUCGAGCCGUAAUAUUAUACACUCC